CCGGGCUGCGCGUCCUCUUCUGAGCCCGGGACUCUCUGGGAGUUGCAGGAUCAAAAAUGGCAGUACUCACUUCUCCAAGAGGAAAAGUGGAAGUGGUACAUUGCCGAAGAACAGAGUCACAGGAUAUUUACUGUAUCAAAAACCUCAUUAGAAAAUUUACCCAGAAGCUCUUUGGAAAUCUUAAUAUCAUCUAUCUUCUGGAGAAAGCAAACCUUGCCAUCACCCUCCACAAUGACCAAGAGGAGAUCAUGGCCCAGGCCACCUUCCUGGAUUACCCCAACUGGAAUAUCGCCACGCAGGACGAUUGGGUGUCCGUGUUCCGGGAGCUGGACAGUGACAUACCAUGCACACCUCUGAACACACUUUUCAUGCACCUCUUUGUGGCCGUGGACGAGUAUUCUGUUGGCUGUUGCAAAGAGAUUAUUCGGACUGUGUUCAAGGCGGUGCCGGACCUGCACUUCGUGUUCCUCAUCGUGCCAUCCUGCAUGAGCCUCGGCUCCACUCUCAUAACCGUGUUCAGCCAAGUGGGGUGUGUCCCGAGCCUGACGAAUGAUGAGGACUUUGCCGUGCAUGUGUGUCACAGGCAAAACCACUACCCUCAGCUGCACAUCCGCAAAGCCAGGGUGGAAGAUCACGACGACCUCAUGCCAAUAUUCCUGCACCACGACACCAUCCUGAAGGAGACGUACGGCGAGUACUUCCUGGCUGAGCUCAUCGAGGCCCAAGACGAGGAGAAUCACGCUGUUGUGUGUGAGGUGGAAGGUGUGGCUGUUGGGUUCAUGAGUGUGUGCUCACAAGUGAACCUGCAGCUCCUCCACAAGUGCUUUGACCUGGGACCCUUCCAUGGACUCUGCAUCCCGCACCAGGACGACAUCCUAGAACCACCCCCGGAGUCCAGCAUCCACGGAAGUUCAGACUCCGAGCUCAAGAACAUCAGCGAGGAAUCCCAGAAAAUAGUCAAGGAGCCGCAGGAAGCUGUGUCGCUGGAGACCAGGGAGAGCAUCCAGGUAAAGGAGAAUGUCCGUGCAGAAGCCACAGUGGAGGAGGCUUUGUCGCCAGUCAUAAGUGAGAACACUAGUGAAGUGGAGGACUCAGAAAAACUCAGUCAAGUGAGCAGUAUGGUUUACAUGGGUUACUACAUCAGCCAUAGGAGCUCAUUGUCCCUGUCUCUGCCCGAGGACACCAGCAGUUUCCGCCCCGUCUACAGGGGCGCCUCCACUGCCUUCUGCAUCCAGCUGUUUUUUAUCGACGAGAAGUACGAAGCAAGGUCACUGGACUUUAUGAAUUUUGUUUUCCAUCUUUUCCGUGACAAGGACUUCUGCAUCAUUUCUGUGCCGCAUCUCACCCCUGAGUUUGUCCUCAUCCAGAGCUUCGUGAAGGUGGUUCCCUUCAACAACUGCACCCUAGACCAGGACCUGUACGUCUUCCAUCGGGCGGGGUUGCUCAAGACCAUUAAAAUAAGAUUAGCUACCCUCUCGGACACUCCUGGUGUUGAAAAGCUCGUCAGCACCCUCAUGCCGUCUAAAAGCAUAUUGGAGGAUUUGAAGCAGUACAACGAGGCUCGCAGGGACCCCGAUGGAACACCACUUCAGGUAUUUGUAGCUGAAGUUGCAGAACAGGUAGUCGGCAUUGCAGUGAUCAGAAAUGAAAUGGAUAUAGAGUAUAUCCGAUCUCACUACAACAUUGAAGAUUUCAUCUACUUCAAUCACCACCAGCGUGAAGAGCACGGACACCUGUAUCACUUUGUCCUGAAUCCCAUUUUCCGGCACUACACCAAGUUUUUUCUCAAGGAGAUCCUCCGUUUAGGAUACAAAUCUUGUCUCUACUACCCUGUUUACCCACAAGUCAAGGAAAGCAAGGUUGCUGUCUCCCAGGUCCCCAAGGCCCACUCGCUGACGUCCGCCCUCCACUACUUAGUUCCCGUGCGGCCCCGACGACAGAUUGUCUAUCCCCUGGAAAAGCUUGGCAUCAACGCUCCAUCAAAGGAGGUCUCCAAGGACGCGUUGAGUUAUGCCUUGAACCAUACAAACAGAAAACUAUCAUUGGAACCUAAAAUAACCAUAAAUGCCAAGAUUGUUGUCGUUGGCGCAUCCAAUGUUGGAAUUUCCUUCCUAGAAACAUUGGUAUUUUGCUCUCAUCUGAAGUUCAGUAAUCUCACCUUGAUUUCAACCUACGGACUCCCAGGAAAAAAACUUCUGGGCAAUGAACAAAGGAAAUUUUUAGCAAAUGACCACUGCUAUAAUGACAGAGAUCAUGAAUUGAUGUCGCUGUGCUCCUGGGUCAACGUGGUGGUUGCUAGGAUGACUGCCAUAGACCGAGCAGCCAAGCAGGUCAUCGUUUCGAGAGAGAAAGUCGUGCUCUACGACCACCUCAUCCUCUGCACCGGACGGCAGUAUCAGGUCCCAUGUCCGACGGAGGUGGAUAUUAGCCUCCAUCCGACCAACAGAGAGGUUUCAAACAGCUGCCUGCGGCGGUACACCGGCCCAAUUCCCUGCAAUCAUUUCACCCUCAACGAUGAGGAGGAUUGCCUGAGGGCCCUGGCCUGGAUCAAGAACAAGUCCAUCACGGCCGAAGGGAACGUCAUCAUCUAUGGGAACUCAAUUGACACAUACACCACUGUGGAGACCCUCUUGAACCUGGGGGUCAGGGGCUCCUGCAUCCACCUGGUACAACACCCACCCACGUCCAUCAUCACCUGCAUCAAUGACUGCGCAGUGGAGGGUGCGAUAGAGGAUGCACUCCAGGCCGCGGGGGUGACCGUGUACCGGGACGCGCUGCUGGCUCAGUGGAACAACGGGAUGUACCCGGACCCCAUCCACACCGCCAGCUUCACCACGCCCACCAAGCCCUUCCAGCUCCCCUGCUCUAUGUUCUUCAGCUUCCUCGAGAAGAACGUGGAUUAUGAAACAUUCAAAGCCUUCAAUGAUGCAUGCUUGGUCUACGAUGGCCGACUCGUGAUCGACAGCAACUUCCACACCAACGACAUAGCCAUCAGAGCUGCCGGCCCCCUCACCAAGUUCUCCAAUAGGUACUACUCAAACGAGUGGACACACAGCAACUUCAAUUCCAAAGAGAUCGGCUUCCAGCUGGCGGCAGCGAUGCUCAAGCUCUUUGAUCCGACUCUGGAGCCUGUGACUGAACCACCGGCUGACCUUGACCGACUCAUCCCCAUGUACAAGGGAGCCAAGAUUAAAGGAGGCAUCCUCCCUGGGUCUUAUCAUUACUUGCAUGUCUCCAAGCCCGCCAUCCCAACCCCUUUGGAGGUACAGAGGGCCCAGUCUGAUUUUGGUUCAGAAAUAGUAACGGGUAACGUGAAGAAUGGGAAUUACUUCCGCAUCCACAUCAACAAAUACAAGAUGGUGGAAACCAUCACAUGCCUUUCCAAAGUGCCUUUCCCCGCCUCCAACUACAUCCGCUUGUUUGGUCAGCACGAGCAAGCCCUCAACAACCUGUGCGCUCGGUAUGAGGAUGGGCUGGUCCCAGAUCUCUACAGCUACUUCACGGAGUCGUGGUGCAUGGCCCUCUUUCACGAUCGUUUUAUUGAUCUCCGGAAAGCGUUACACCAAAUCUUAUCCUCCAAGGAGGAUGAAAGACUUCCUUCUAUGGAAGAGUUAGCCCGUCAGAUCGAAGAUGAGGAAAUCAACCUGCCAGAGAAGCCCAGGGAUUACCUCAAAAGAGUUUUCCAGGAAACCAUCUACAGGCCUCUGGUGGAGAAGAGCAUCCUUGACUACCUGCACUACAAUCAUUACCACCUGCCCAUGUACGCGUGGCCGGGCAUCAUUUAG